CCGAGCAACACAGAUGGCGCUCUUCAAUAUUGCUUUCUUUUGGGUAUUUAAAAAUGUCGGCAAACAGAGUGAUUCAGGCUAUUCGGCCUCACAUUCCACUCAUCAAGUUUCGGGCAGGUGGUGGUGGUCUUAGGAAAGUAAUUCCACCUGCCGCUGUGACGUCAACUCCUCACCCGAGCUCCAGCUCCAGCCUAAGACCGCCUAGUAAUAGGAGAAGUGAUGCUCCAGAAUUCUUCCAGCUCGAUCCCAAGUACCACAGAAACGCCAUUACACAAGAGGAGAUUGACUUCAUCAAUAGAGGUGGACCUGACUGAAAAGCAAAUGCCACCAUAUGCCAGUCAGACUUCCCCUCACCAGAUUUAUCAUCUUCAUGUGUAAUAUCAGAGAGUUAUAUCUCCUAUUUUAAUGAAAUCAAUUGUUACAUCCAUAGGCAUAUUUUUAUCUGCAUUAUGCAACAGUGAAUAAGGUCACAUGAAUCCAUUUAUAAUUUUUGUGAUGGGUACUAGAAGAAAUUUUAAGAGUAUGGAAUGCUGAUCGAGGGCUCAUUAAAAUGAGUAUAUUAUUUGUAGGAGGUUGCAUGAAUGGGGGGGGGGGGUCAGCAGCAGGCACUGAUUCUCAUAGGCCUUGUACAGGGAUUACCUGGUUCUAAUGGGCAAUGGGUUAACAUGGGUUGACUGCUGAAUUCUGCUAGUCUCAUAGACUUCAUACAACAGCUCGCCCAACUUUGUUGUCCUAAUUGAUUUCAAAGGAUAUCAAACAAUAUUGUAUGUUUUCUUAAAACUGAUGAUCUUUAUGAUAAGGAUCUUAUGUGAUGUAGUAUCUACCAAUUGUUGUGUAGUUCAUAAUUGUGUGAUACAUGUUGUUGCUUUUGUGUUUAUUCCUUUCAUCUCUCGUCUUCAAAGAAUUCAUCAUUAUCACUUGUGAACGGUCAUAUUUCAGUAAGUGUUGCAAUUUAUGAAGCACUGUGAUAAUGACUAUUCAUGAUACAACAAGAUAUAUAUCUAUUAUUUGUAAUUUACUUGUACUUAAGGACUAGGAAGUACAUUACCAUGCUAUUGGACAUGCGAGGCCAGUAAAAUUGUUUGCUCUAUGAAUUAUUUCCAGUGACACCACGGUUGCAACUCCAAGCUGACCGAUCGUUAGAAGAUUGGGUAUAAUGUAACAGAUUUGGUCGGUCUGGAGUCCAUAUUGUUUGUGUGACUGGCACAUUAAUGUUAUGUUAGCAGUGUAGUAUAUCAUAGUGUAGUAGGUUUCACGGUUACACCACGUAUCUUUCUUGCAUUGGGCAGGUGUUGGUCCUGAAAAGUGUACUAUAUCAUAUUGCAACUUGUGUAAUUGUUUCUCUGAUACACGAAUAUCUUAGCAGUUGAAAAAAAAGAGGAUGGAAUAGUCAAAAUGAUGUGAUGUAGUUGGCAAGUAUUCUUUCGCCAGAGUUAUGUCUUAUAUCCGAUGUCGACCCAAAUGUUGCACUGGUCGUAUGUUUUCAUCAUUAUUAUGCAUGUAAAUAGAAUUUAAUAUAUUCAGUUGUAUCUGUGGACGAUAGAUUUAUUAGAGUAAUGCCACCAAAUGAAGCAUGCGGGACCGAGUGUGAUGCAUGUUUUCUAUGUAUGCUCUGUUGUACAUAAUCUUUCCUAGCUAGGUUUCAACCUAAAGAAGCUGAGAAAUGAAGGGUAGAAAAUAUUAUUAAGAUUUUCAUUGUUUGCGAUCAAAGAAACAGUUCUGGAUUGCAUAUUUUAUGUUUUUAUACAUUGCAAAUGGUGUGAUGUGGUCAUGAUAUAUGACUUGUUUUUUCUUUUGCCCAUUGUUAUGGGAUUAAUGCCCAUUCAUACAAGUUUUAUACCUUGUUCUAUAUGAUUAUAUGAUUGUAUGUGAAAUUUGAGCAAUUUAGUUUCAAAUAUUACUCUGUGUACAGUUAUCCUGCUUAGUUUGAAAGGUUAAACUGUAUGCUGAGCCUGAACUUGAAUUAAAUCUUCUAUGAAAACCUUA